AUGAGCUCUCUAGAAUCUGUAACUCAGUCCCUUGUUGGGCUGUCAAUCACUCCAUCCGCCAGCAUCACGCAUGCUGAAACAAAUUCCCCGGCGUCUUGGCGAGAAACCCUACUUGCGACCUCAUCUGCGCCCAAAUCAUUCGAGCUGAUCAAAACGCUCGUCUACAAGCCAAAGACCGCAAAAACCGCGAUUCCAGUCCCUGUUGUCGUCAUUGCCCGUGAAGAGACCGAGACGAGCUCAUCGGCGCUCGGUAAGAAGCUUAACCUGAAGGAGCUGAGGUUGGCAUCAGAGGAUUUACUUGCUGAAUUUUUCGCGCUCGAUAAGAACUCUUUGUCGCUACUUUCAUUGACUAGCGAGACGUUCCCAAAAGUUGUCACUGUGAUCGAUGCAUCGAUCACGUCCUCCUCGUCAACAUUCGCAUUACACGCACUAUCCUCGAGCGCAACUGUCUUCCUUUCUGGACAGGAUAUUCUGUCUUACCUUCGAAAGCUCGAAACUGAGGACUUGAAAGUCCAAGAAAUUGACUUCACUUCUCUCAAGUCUGACACUGCCGCGACCCCUUCGAAACCUGUUGCAAAGGAGAAAGAGGUCGCGAAAAUCGAUGGCGCCGUUCAGAUUGCUAUUGGUGUCAAGAAGGAAGUUGAUUUCUCUGCGUGGUAUCAGAGUGUCUUAAUAAAAGCAGAAAUGCUUGAGUACUACAGUGUCAGUGGGUGCUAUAUCUUGAGGCCGUGGUCGUACAGUAUCUGGGAAGAGAUCCAAGAGUGGUUCAACAAGAAAAUCAAGGCAAUGGGCGUUCAGAAUGUAUACUUCCCUAUGCUUGUCUCACAAAAGGUGCUCGAACGCGAGAAGGAUCACAUUGAGGGUUUCUCUCCGGAAGUCGCAUGGGUUACGAGAGCUGGGAGCUCUGACCUUGAGGAGCCGGUAGCCAUUCGCCCGACAUCUGAGACUGUUAUGUAUCCUUACUAUGCCAAGUGGAUCAAGAGUCAUCGAGAUUUGCCACUGAAACUGAACCAAUGGAACAACGUCGUCCGAUGGGAGUUCAAACAUCCGCAACCGUUCCUCCGUACUCGCGAGUUCCUGUGGCAAGAGGGCCAUACUGCUCACCUUACCAAAGCUGAGGCUGAUAAGGAAGUCCGGGAGAUCCUUGACUUGUACCGCCGCGUGUAUGAGGAACUCCUGGCUGUCCCUGUCAUUCCUGGCAUCAAGUCCGAGAAGGAGAAGUUCGCCGGCGCCCUCUAUACCACCACGAUUGAAGGCUUUGUUCCUUCCUCGGGCCGUGGUAUUCAGGCUGCUACCUCACAUUGCUUGGGCCAAAACUUUUCGCGCCCGGAAAUGUUCAACAUCGUAGUCGAGGACCCGAAUGAUCCCUCUGGCCAAGGCAAGACCUUUGCAUGGCAAAACUCGUGGGGAUUGUCGACCCGGACAAUCGGUGUGAUGACUAUGGUGCACGGUGACAACCAAGGUUUAGUUCUUCCUCCGCGAGUUGCAUCUGUCCAGGCUGUCGUAGUUCCGUGUGGUAUCACAGCAAAGACGAGCGAUGAAGACAGAGCUAAAAUCAACAAUGCUUGCGAUGACCUCGCGAAAUCUCUGAUAGAUGGGGGUAUUCGGGCGAGGGCAGAUCUUAGGGAGGGUUAUACUCCUGGAUAUAAAUUCAAUGACUGGGAACAAAAGGGUGUUCCCCUUCGUCUGGAGAUAGGGCCGAACGAUCUUGUCAAGCAGCAGACGCUGUCCGUACGCCGCGAUACCGGUGCAAAGAUCCCUGUUGCUCUCGCUGACCUUGCCGCCACAAUCCCGAAGAUGCUCGAGACUAUCCAGAACGAGAUGUUCCAGCGUGCUCUCGCUGAGUACAAUGCGCACUUAAAAGAAGUUACACGAUGGGAAGACUUCGUCCCCACAUUGGACAGCAAGUGCAUAGCUGUCAUUCCGUGGUGCGAGCGUGAAACAUGUGAAGAUGACAUCAAGGAGCGAAGCGGUAGAGCUGCGGAGCCGCAGGACGAGCGUGCCCCGUCUGCAGGAGCCAAAUCCCUUGCUAUUCCGUUCGAGCAGGAGCGUUGGUCUCCCAUCAAACUGGGAGAAACGAAAUGCGUUGGCUGUGGACAGGAUGCAAAGCGUUGGACCAUGUUUGGGAGAUCCUAUUAG